AUGGAGUCAGUGAAAAGGGCGAACCAAAGACUGCGCAAUUAUCCUUUACUGCUGAGUAAAUGCUCGGUAACUGCGGCCGCGUACGCUGCUUGUGUGACGACGGAUCUAAAUGUGUCUCACAAGCUGUGUGAGAAGGAAUUUCAGCUUUUUAAGCAGUGUUUGCAAAAGGCAGCCAGUGAGAUGAAGACGAGACUAUGA